UCACGUUAAUGCGGGCGAUAAAUGGGUUUUCAGGGUUUGACUUUUAAGGCGUGCACUGUUGUCAUGAUCUAAACUCAUCGAUGUCGGAAGAGGAUGAUGGGUGUACGUUUACUUUAAAAAGUUCUCUCGUGUACUGUCGGAUUCUCUUAGAUGACGCUGUGAUUGUCGAGACAGUGGAGUAAUUAUGGAUACCACGCUGUCUAUAUGCGAAUCUAUAACCUCACACACUUUUGGACGGCUUUAUACAACUUAGUUGUUGCGUUCGGAAGACAACGUUUUCGUUUCGUUUACUUUGUUGUUCUGAUCACCGCCCUAAAAAAACGUCUUUUCAUUCGCAACCAAGGCUCCAUAAUUUUAUCGAAUGGAAACGGAAGCUCUGUUAGCUGGAAGUAUAAAUCGGGGUACAGAAGAUUACGGUUCUCAGUCUCGCAAUGGUCACCGUGGCGGGGGGAUUUUUAAAACAAGGCGGCUGUCAUACUCGGUGAGCGGAGAUUCCUGCUGCCUCGAGGGUGAUGAUGAGGACCUAUAUGUCCAACAAGCAGUUGUAUUCAUAGAAGAUGCCAUACAGUAUCGAUCCAUCAAUCAUCGGGUGGAUUCCAGAUCACUACGUUUUUACAGAUGGUAUUAUUCGAGGAUCUGGCAAUGGGGCCUGGGUGUGGUUAUCGCAGUCAUACUGGCCCUGGCCUUUAUCGAGAGGCCCUCCUCUCUGACCGUAACCUCUGACCUACGCUACAAGCAGCCCCCCUGGGAGCCUCCAUGUGGCCUGACUGAAAGCAUUGAGAUGAUGUGCUUUGUGGUCUUUGCCCUCGACCUUGGAGUGAAGAGUUAUCUGAUUGGCUGGGAGGAAUUCCGGAAAAACAAAUGGCUGAUUGGCUACAUCAUAGUCAUUGCAGGGUCUGUCAUUGAUUGGACAUUAUCAAUGAGCAUGGUUUGUGAUGAGAAUUUCAGAGUCAGAAGACUUUUCAGGCCAUUUUUUCUCCUUCAAAACUCAUCACUGAUGAAAAAGACCUUAAAAUGCAUCAAAAGAACUCUACCGGAAAUUGCAAGUGUGAUCCUGCUGCUGGCUCUCCACCUCUGCCUCUUCACCAUGUUUGGCAUGCUGCUGUUUGCCAGGGGGGAGAAUCCUGAUGAAAAUGGAGAAUGGGAGGCCUAUUUCAAAAAUUUGCCCCAGGCUCUUUCCUCUCUGCUUGUUCUGCUGACCACAGCUAAUAACCCUGAUGUGAUGAUCCCAGCAUACUCGUUAAACAGAGGAUACUCAAUCUUCUUCAUGCUUUUCAGUGGGUUCGGAACCUACUUCUUAAUGAACCUGCUGACUGCUAUUAUAUACAACCAGUUCCGGGGAUACUUACUGAUGUCAAUACAGACAUCCAUCCUAAGAAGGAGGCUGGGAAUCAGAGCUGCCUUCGAAGUGAUGUGCUGCAGAGGCCAGAGCAAGACCAGCCUUGAGGAGCAUAUUGGUCGUGUUCAAGUGGAAACAGUGCUGCAGGUGAUGAGACGGGUUCAGAUGAAGUCCUACUACAGACAGGCCAUCAUAACGAAAGCCCAGCAAUACUCUGAUGGCUACAUCCAGGGGGAGGCCUUCCAGAAGCUGUUUGAUGAGUUGGACAAGGACAGGAUCAAAGAGCAUCCUCCAAUUCCUGUGUAUGGUUCUCCGUUACUCCAGAGACUGCAAUAUGUUUUCAGUCAUUACUAUUUCACUGUAGCUGGGAAUGCUGUCGCCCUGGCCAAUGUGGUCUGCAUCUGUACCAUCCUGGUGAUUGACUCCAAUAAAUCAAUUGCAGAGCGGGACGACUACUUUCUAGAGGCCAUCAACUGUUUCUUCAUCAUAUACUACCUCCUUGAGAUGUGGCUGAAGAUAUUUGCCUUUGGAUGGGGAGGUUACCUGUCCUACAGAAGCAAUAUUUUUGAUGGCCUACUGACAGUCCUUCUUUCAGUUCUCCAGAUCUCCAUCUUUGCUACAUACAGGCUGCCAUAUCCGCAGUGGAAUCCGGCCCAGCGGGGCUUGCUGUCCCUAUGGGAAAUGGUGCGUCUGGUCAACAUGCUCAUUGUCUUCCGAUUCCUCAGGAUCAUCCCCAACAUCAAGCUCAUGGCUCUUGUGGCUAGCACUCUGGUGGACCUGGUAAAAAACCUCAGAGCUUUUGCUGGAAUUUUAGUGGUGGUAUAUUAUGUGUUUGCUGUCCUUGGCAUUUGGCUUUUCCAGGGAGCAAUCACAGCUCCAGAAAACAAGAGCUCAAUCUCCAACUCCAGUGUGGCAAACAGCACCACUAACAGCACUGUAGAAUGCGGUUCAUAUGAGCAGCUGGGUUACUGGCCCAACAACUUUGAUGACUUUGCCUCUUCAUUGGUGCUUCUGUAUAACAUCAUGGUGGUGAACAACUGGCAGGUGUUCAUGGAUGCAUACUCAAGAUACACCACUGAGUGGUCAAAGGUCUACUUUGUAUCCUGGUGGUUAACCUCAUCUGUGAUGUGGGUGAACCUGUUUGUGGCCUUAAUAUUGGAGAACUUCAUCUACAAGUGGGACCGGAGUCAUGCCUGUUCUGUGGCAGAUGUGGAAAGAACUGGAUACCAGACCACAGUUCAACACAUGUUCAGAGAGCAUAUACAAGAGCCUACAGAGGAGGAACUCAUCACCAAAUUGCACCAGCACCCUCACCUACACCUCACCCGGUGACACCAGCCUGCCAGCAAUAGUCACUGCCAAUAUUCCAACUGGGUCUUCCUUUAGGCUACCACACCUCUCUCAUCUCCUCCUCCAAAGGGGUCACACUGGCUGUCCUGCCGAAAAUGGACUGACUGUUGAUGCAUGGAUGACAUGCACUGUGCGUUAAGAAUGGGGCAGUCAUGACCGUUUUCCCACCUUCAGCCAAUCCAGGCCUCUGAGGCCAGGAAUUACAUAGCUCAGAUGCAUAAAUUGCCAAAGAAUAAAUUAUCUUGUAAAUUCAUUGUAUUCCUUUGCCAUUUCAUUUAACAUUUUCUUCAGGAAUUUGGCUCAUUACUGGUCAGUUGAUCCAGGAUGCAUAACUAGGCAUUAAUAUUAGCUGUUGUCACUUCUAGCAGAUUAUUUUCACAUUGUUCAACAUUUACCAUGGCCAAAUUGCAUAUUUAAUGUAAAUUCAAACAAAACCACACAUUGCUGUUUGAAAAAGAAUAUGAUGUACUUUUCCAAUAUCUUGUAUUACAAUGCUGAUAAGUGAUAUUACCAUUUUACCAUAUUGAUGUGGCUACUCCAUCUUUGAUCCACGCCCUGUUGCAUUGCAGCCAACUGCAAUGCAACAGGGCGUGUGCUGCUACUAGGAAAAUAUAUGACAUAUAUUUCUUCCCGGCAUAUUGUGGUACCAGAGCUGAUCUCCGAGAAAAUGCAAAAUGCACUACAUACCAUGCCACCACCCUGCCACACCCCUUUAUAAUAGAGUUGAAUGCUGAUUGGCGUUGUGUUCAGAGAGGUUACCUUACGAGAUGAAGUUCAUCCAACCUCCAUCACAAGGUGGAACAUGAUUUGGAUGUGGCAGAAAUAUCAUGAGGUAUCAGAUUGUUGGCUAAAUAAUUGUUUCACUGCAACAGACAUAGACUGCACUCAAAGGAUAAUGGCCAAAGGUUUUCGCAUUUAGUGAAAAUGCAUCAAUGUAACAAGCUGUAGUUACAGCUGUACCUGACAGAAUCUGUCCCAAAAUGAAAAUAGGAGACAAGUUAUCGUUCUGUUGUGGCCAAAAUAUCAGAAUGGUCAGUUUAGACUUGGACAAAUAUAAUAAUUUUAUAUAUAGCAUGGCUUUCACUCUGAUCCUGUUUUGUGAAUGUGGGUGUGGUACAGCAGAGUUUACUGUUACACCACACAAAAGUGAUUUGGAAUGCACUAGAUACAGCAGUUGACAAUCUCAUCUUUUUGAAACUCAGUUUUUUUUUUCAAUCAUAUUAUCUAACAUGCUGAUGCUGUCACAGGCAUGACAAUACCUGCCAGGUUAACUGUGCAUAGGAAAAUUCUUGUUUUUCUCUUGAUGUGUAGUUGCAGUGGCAGGGAUGAUAUUUGUUGUUGUAACAGUUGCAAUGAACACCAAUAUGACAUUGUGUUGCUGCAUACAUUGUUACUACACACCUUUAUUGUUUCAUUAAAUGAAAUAGGUAAGAGUGUUCCUCUAGGCCAGGUAAGCCAGUAUCAUCUUAUUCUUAAAGAUUGAUAUGUUAGAUAGAUAUGUUAGAUAAUAGUUUAGAAAAUUGUGCCAAACAUUGUUUGUGUAACAUUAUCAGAUUACAAAGUCUUAUUUAUCAAAGAAAUUGAGUGGGAAUCUUGACAUGAAUGUUGGAAAGCACAAAGGGAAGCUGUAGAGUUGUAGUGAUAUCACUGCAUAAAUAUCUAUUUUGCUGUGCUCAAUGUGCCUUAUGAUAUGAAAUGUGUUUUAUGCAGUAUACGGUGUUGCAAAGGUAACAGGAUAAAUGC